AUGUCUGGUCAAAUCGAUUCUAAUUUUGAGGAUGAUGUUGAUUUUGUGCCAUCAACUACAAAUGAAGUACAAUCUGUUAGCAAUACAGUAGAUGAAACUCAGAAUCAGAGAAAAAGAACUUCUCGUGCAUGGGAUCAUUUCACACGGGAAAAAAUUGAUGGAAAAAUUAAAGCAGUUUGCAAGUAUUGCGAGCGUAAGCUGGUGGGAGAAAGUUCUAGUGGGACUAGGCAUUUAAAUUCUCACGUGAAAACGUGUCCUGUAAGAAAGGCCCAACUUGCCGCCAAUCCUAGUGCAACUGCAAGCCCUUUAGUUUCUUUUAAUUUUGAUCCUGAUUUAGCAAGGACCAAAUUGGCUCAAAUGAUCGUUAAGCACGAAUAUCCUUUGUCUAUGGUUGAGCAUAGCGGGUUUAUAGAAUAUUCAAGCACUUUAUGUCCCAUGUUUCAAAUGGUGUCAAGGAAUACAAUUAGGUCAAACAUUAUGAAAAUGUAUAAAACUGAGAAAGAAAAGUGCAAGCAAAAUUUGGAAAAAAGUAGGAGCAGAAUAGCCAUAACCAGUAACAUGUGGACUGCAAAUCAUCAGAAGAGGGGAUAUAAGGCUGUAACAGCUCAUUUUAUUGAUGAUUCUUGGAACUUACACAGUCAGAUAUUGAGUUUCAAGUAUGUUUCGUGUCCUCACGAUGCUCCAGCACUACUUGAGGCCCUAAGAUCUUGUCUUAAUGAUUGGAAAAUAGAAGACAAGAUCAGUACAAUGACUCUCGAUAACUAUACUGCCAAUGAUUCCAUGAUUGAUCUUUUGAAAGGACAAUUUGAGCCUGACAGUUUUAUUUUGAAGGGAAAGUUGCUACAUGUGCGUUGUUGUGCACAUAUUUUAAAUCUAAUUGUCAAAGAAGGCUUAUCUGUCAUUGGUGAUAGUGUUGACAAAAUUCGAGACAGUGUUGCUUAUUGGUCGGGCACACCAAAAAGACAUGAAAAAUUUGAAGACACUGCUCGUCAACUUGGAGUACCAUACACCAAAAAAAUAUCACUUGAUUGUGUCACGAGGUGGAAUUCAACUUUUCUAAUGCUUAGCACAGCUUUAUCCUACAAGACAGUAUUUGAACGUGCAAGGCUGCGAGAGUUGCGUUUGAGGUGUGCCCUUCGGAAAUUGAUUGGCAAAAUGCUCAACAAUUGUGUGAUAAGUUAG